AUGUCUUUUACUAUCGAAAAUUUGCAUGAAAUCGCCAUUACACGAACCCAUGACCCCAAGGAUCCAUCUAAGGCUGAUUUGCUGCGAAAGUUAGUAGGGAAUCUGUCGCCUGAACAAUGGCAAGAGGCACGCAAGGCUUACGUGGAUCGUUUCUAUGUCGAUCCCGAGCACCAUCUUCGCAAUUUCGACGUUUAUCAGGAAUUUCCACCUCUCCGACUCGACCCAAAUCUACUCUUGGAGUUGUUAGGUAUAUUAAAUAAGCCUGAUAUUGACCGCGAUAUUGCCUACAUCGAGCGCCUUCUUACAAAGGCAAACAGUAGAGAAUUGACUCUUCAGGAUCGUAAAGAAUAUUUCAGUUGGCUUCCCCGCAUUGGUCUAUGGGACUCCCCUGCGCGCCAGCCCACUGAUAACCGGACUGUUGACUCUUACGAACGGCGGUUGCGUAUCCAAGCUUGGGAGAAGGUAUCUCCAGUAAGAUUCGAUUACGCUCUUAAGACAAUUGAGAGUGCAUUCCCCAAACUUUCGGUCAAAUUUGACACUCCACGGGACAAGAAUAUCGCCGCAAUUGCAAGCUCGCAUGGAGCCCAGUGGCAGGAGCUUGUUGAUUGGGCAAUCGGGGUCCUUGACGCAGGAUAUGCUGUGCAGGUCUUCACCCCAUAUGGACGGCCCAUUGCUAUCCAGCGGGAUAGUAUGCUGGUCCGCGAGCCGCCCACUGAGGCUGUGGCUGUUUCCCUGGGCCUACCAGGAGUUGGCCUUGGAGCUCCCCUCCGUUUAGAUCCUCUUCGUCUGCCAAAGGAACGCAUUGACUACCUGUUGGGUAAUGCAGUCGGAGCUGACCUAUUCGAUCCAAGCCAAUUCGGUGCGGUCUACCUAGCUGGUGGACUUGGCUUCAACGAAGAUGUGGCAAUCACAGCGCCGAAAAGCGUUGAUGACGAUACGCAUGCGAAUAUCACGCCGACACCCCAUGUCCUUCGUAUGAUGAACGAUGCAAUUAGCCACCGUCUACCGAUUAUCGCUCUUUGUCAUGGCCCUACACUUUUAGCUUGUCUGGACAUUAAUAUUGAUGGAAAGCGCGAGAAGCUGGUCAAAGGUGUCCAGGUAGCUGCCCUUCCGGCACUGGAACCAAUGGUCCAUGCUCAGGGGAAAUUGGAAUCGCAAUUCAGUUUCUACACAUGGAAAACUCAUGAUGUUCUUGCUGAAGCGGGAGCUAUAGUUGAUGAGCAGGCUGACCUGCAAGAUAUGACUAUUGUGAAGACAGGCGUGCGAGACGGGUUGCAUAUUGCAACGGGUCCUGGGCCCCAGACUGCAUUGAACCUGAGAAAGGCAACUAUCUCUGCCAUAAAUAGCCGCUGGGGUCGUGUGUAA